AAGUUUCUAGAGUUGGGGAAAUUGGUGGUGGCUUCCCUCAAAAAAACCCCAAAUUGUAAAUUCCCUUAAAACCUCCAACUCAACUCGCUGCUCGCUUAACCGCAUAUCACUCUCCUCAGCCGCCUCUGUAGCUCCCAACGCUCCGCUCAAUCGGGAGACUAUGAAUGCCCAAAUGCAAGAUGCAUUAUCCCCUCCUCAAGUUAAAGCAACAUUUCGCCUUGGAUCAGAAACAUACUCUGUUGAAGCAUGUAAAGGGAUUUUAUCUGAGCAACUGAUAUCUAUGAAAGAGCAAAGCAUGACUAUACUGAAGGACUAUAUCACCAAACAUAAUGUUCCUAAUGAAGUCCCUGAUGAACCAGAAGAAUUUUCUUCAGAAGAAGAUGGUGAAAUUCCUGAGCAGCCCCCUGUAAAAUCCAAGAAGCGCAAUUGAUAAAGAUGUGGAAUUAAUUGCGAGUUGCCAUAACUUGAGAUCAA